AUGUGGCCCUCUGACCCAGCUCUCACAGCGAGAUUUCUCUCUCUCAGAACGCUGCCCCUUCUGAGAGAGCCUCCCCAGGGGGGCAAUCCCCAGGGUCUCCCUCACCUGGCUCUUCUCUCUUCAGGCCUUGGCCAAGAAUCUUACAGCUGUCCAGGUGAGGGGCCUUAUCCAGGAGGUCCUGACCGGUUUGAAGAGCUCCAGCUUGACCAGGGUGAGCCACACGCAGUCAGGGCCCUCCCUAUCCUGCUGCAGAAGUCCGGAGCCACAGCAGAUCAGGAGUACUCCAGGACCAUGACCCAGUUCUUCCCCCAGCUCUUCUUGGCCUUCAUCACUCAGGUUCACUAUGUGCUGGAGCUGGGCCUGCGGGAGGACCAGAAGCAGGAGGCCAGAAAGCCCAUCGUGCCCUCCAACCUCGGCCCCUGGAGGUGAGCGGAGCAGGGAAGUGGGACAGGAGAGGAUGGCCCAGAGGUCUGCUCGUGUGGCUGCAGCCACAUGCUGAUGUGGCUGGUGGUUUCUGGUGAGGUGGGGGCUUGGGGCUGGUCCCGGUCCUCAGGGUCAAUGUUGUCAGCCCAUUGGAUGGGAGUCCCUGGCAGAGAUUGCAUGGGCUUUAGAUGGGCCUAAAUGGGACGAGGAAACUGUCGCUCAUUCCUGCUCCAGUCCCUUGGCAAUGGCUGAUGCAGCAAGCGAAACGGAGGAAGCUGUACUGCCAUUGCCUUGAGACAGACUGCAACUUCUACAGGGAAAAUCUGCCACUGACAAUGCUGGACCACAGUUGCUACUCUGACUGGGGAAGGAGCCCAGGGAAGCUGGUGCCUGGAUAAGGGCACACGGGGGAAAGGGGUUAUAGGGCCUGGGGGUCCCUGCCAGGCUAGGGGCUGAACCUGGCAGAAUUUGACAAUUGGCCUCUGGUACAGUUGGGUGGUACCUGGAGCCAGUUCUGAUGUGUCCCGAUCCU